GUUCCUGAGGCACGAGGAUCCGGUGGUCCGACCCAGCGGCAAGAUGCGGCCUUUGACUGAAGAGGAGACCCGGGUGAUGUUCGAGAAGAUCGCGAAAUACAUCGGGGAGAAUCUGCAGCUGCUGGUGGACCGGCCCGACGGCACCUACUGCUUCCGGCUGCACAACGACCGAGUGUACUACGUGAGUGAGAAGAUCCUGAAGCUGGCCGCCAACAUCUCUGGGGACAAGCUGGUGUCGCUGGGGACCUGCUUUGGAAAAUUCACGAAGACCCACAAAUUCCGCCUGCACAUUACAGCUCUGGAUUUCCUUGCGCCCUAUGCUAAGUAUAAAGUGUGGAUAAAGCCUGGAGCAGAGCAGUCCUUCCUGUAUGGAAACCACGUGUUGAAAUCUGGUUUGGGUCGAAUCACUGAAAAUACUUCUCAGUACCAGGGAGUGGUGGUGUACUCCAUGGCAGAUGUCCCUUUGGGUUUUGGGGUAGCAGCCAAGUCUACACAAGACUGCAGGAAAGUAGACCCCAUGGCAAUUGUGGUAUUUCAUCAGGCGGACAUUGGGGAGUAUGUACGGCAUGAAGAGACGUUGACUUAACGUGAAAUCAUCCCAAGGACUAAGGCUGUGUGGAAGGACUAGCUUUGUUUCCAGUGUCUGUGCAGAUGCCUCCAUCCUGUUGGGUUUUAUCAACACUGACUUCCGUGGAGACUUCUUACUUUGAUCUUCUAGUGCCGACAAGUGCAGGCUGGAUUCAUACUCUACAGAAGGGGCUCAAAAGUGGAGAAUCAGAUAUAAAACAAGCCUGAGCUUGACUCAGAAAUCCAAAAGUAAAAAGUGGGGUUUCAGAUUUUAUAUUUUUGAUGAAAUAGAAUGUUCUUAUUCUGUACUUGAAUCAAGGCUUCUUGUUCUGAGUAGUCAGUCCUAAAUUGUUGAACCAGGACAAGAGGAGUUAUUGUUAUCUGUGAUAGCACUGUUCAUUUUCUUUGUUGUGAUUAGCAGCGUGCAAGAGAAGACGUUGCCAUAUAGAAAUAGUAGGCCACUCUGCAAAUGAAAUUUAGCUAAAAUAAUUUUCCUAUAUAGUUAGCACUGUAUAGAAAGUAUAUGGAAGAAAAGCUUGGAUUAAAACUCCAUUUCUGCCUGCCAGCUUAGUGGUCUUAAAUCAGUCACUCUUGAUGUGUUUAUAAAAUGUGCAACUUGAGCCAGAUACCAGUGGCUCACACCUGUAAUCCUAGCUGCUCUGGAGGCUGAGAUCUUAGGAUCAUG